UACAUUACUCUUUAGAUCUCUCUUGAAGAGGGCUGGUAUAUUUGUGCCUGCUGGAGGUGGAAUUAACAGUAAGAAGGAGAAAGGGAUUGAAUGGAUUUACAGGAGAGAUUUCAAGUAAACUCAGGGAAACACAUUUACAUGACUAGUACAACCCUGAGUCUUACUUUACACUAAGCCUGUACAAAAGAUGGUAAAGUUAUCACCAAGCUGCGGACAAAUAUAUAUUCUAACACCAAGGUGCAGAUCUGCAUAGAUGUGUGAUUCAGAAAUCAGCAUUUGUCUUGGGAAGAGCACUUGAGAAGACUCAAGAACAAGUGAAGAUACCUUGGGAGCUGCAGCUUAUCAGAAGAUCAGCUUCGUUAAUUCCGACACCACAGGCCUGGUUGUCAUAAAUUCAUACAGGAAUGCAUAGGUCAUCCGAUCAAAUCAUAUUAGCAGUCUUCUGCUCCAUCAGUGCAAGAAAAGCUCUUAACAACUGUGGAUAACUGGAAAUCUGAGUUUCAGCUUUCUUAGAAAUAACUACUCUUGACACAUUCCAAAAUAUUUAAAAUAGGGCAGGAAAAUCAGGGGGGAUAUUGUGUUCAGAAAUGUCACUGUCAUGAAGAAUAGGUAAAUUUGUUUUUACAGCUACCGGGAAAGUAUACCUCCUAGGAAUUUCAGAUAUUUUUAAAAGUGGACAAGAAAGACUAAAAAUACCAACUUCUGCUCUUGGACAAAAAUGCCUCUGACUGUGCUUUUCCUGAGGGGUGUUGUGGGUUUCCUCGGGAGCUGCUGGGCGCUGGUGGGCUCUGCAGCAGGAGGUUUGGGAGAUGAUCACGUUCAUUCCAGUUUUAUUUAUAGAAGACUACGGAACCACGAAAGACGGGAAAUCCAGAGGGAAAUCCUCUCUAUUUUGGGUCUGCCUCACAGACCCAGACCUUUUUCACCUGGAAAACAAGCGUCCUCUGCACCUCUCUUCAUGCUGGACCUGUACAACGCCAUGGCCAACGAGGAAAACCCCGAAGAGUCGCAGUACUCAGUGAGGGCAUCCCUGGCAGCAGAGGCCAGCGGGCCACGGAAAGGGCACGGGGCCUCUCCCAGUGGGUACCCACGGCGCACGCAGCUGUCUCGAGCCACGCCGCUGACCACCCAAAGUCCUCCCCUGGCCAGCCUACACGAUACCAACUUUCUGAACGACGCUGACAUGGUCAUGAGCUUUGUCAACUUAGUUGAAAGAGACAGGGAUUUCUCUCACCAGCGAAGGCACUAUAAAGAAUUUAGGUUUGAUCUGACUCAAAUUCCUCAUGGAGAAGCAGUCACAGCAGCUGAAUUCCGGAUAUACAAAGACAAGAGCAACAGUCGAUUUGAAAAUGAAACGAUUAAGAUUAGCAUAUAUCAGAUCAUCAAAGAAUACACGAACAGGGAUGCAGAUCUGUUCCUGUUAGACACAAGAAAAGCCCAAGCUUUAGAUGUGGGCUGGCUGGUCUUUGAUAUCACUGUGACCAGCAAUCACUGGGUGAUUAAUCCACAGAACAAUUUGGGCUUACAGCUCUGUGCAGAAACAGGAGAUGGACGCAGUAUCAAUGUGAAGUCCGCCGGUCUCGUGGGAAGACACGGGCCUCAGUCUAAACAGCCGUUCAUGGUGGCCUUCUUUAAGGCCAGUGAGGUUCUCCUUCGAUCUGUGAGAGCAACCAACAAACGGAAAAAUCAAAACCGCAAUAAAUCCAGCUCUCAUCAGGACUCCUCCAGGAUGUCCAGUGCUGGAGAUUACAAUACAAGUGAACAAAAACAGGCCUGCAAAAAGCAUGAACUCUAUGUGAGUUUCCGGGAUCUUGGAUGGCAGGACUGGAUUAUAGCACCAGAAGGAUAUGCUGCCUUUUAUUGUGAUGGAGAAUGUUCUUUUCCACUUAAUGCUCAUAUGAAUGCCACCAAUCAUGCCAUUGUUCAAACUCUGGUCCAUCUGAUGUUUCCUGACCAUGUACCAAAGCCUUGCUGUGCUCCAACAAAAUUAAACGCCAUCUCUGUUCUGUACUUUGAUGACAGCUCCAAUGUCAUUUUGAAAAAAUAUAGAAACAUGGUUGUGCGCUCAUGUGGCUGCCACUAAUAUGAAAUAACUAUAGUAAUAACAAAAAGGCUUGUGUUAAGGUUUAUGACUGCAAUAAAGAGCAGACAAAAGGGCAAUUUUCUAAAUUAGUCUGAAUUAUUUCAUCUUUCUUCAUAUGUAGAAUAUGUAUAUAAUCAUUUUUAUUUAUUUAAAAGGAUACGUCCUCCUUUGCAAAUGCUGGAUCAGCAAAACCUAUUUUUAGUUCACUGUUAUACAAUAGAUCAUUCAGUCUAACUUUCAGUAGGAUACAGAGUCCAGUUUUAGUCUGGUUCAGCUUUUUUCCAAUACAAUUUUUAUAUAAUUUUCUGAGACUAAACAGAACCCCUUUGACUGUUUAAUACUGUUCAAGGAAACUGAAUACAUUUGGUUGUAUUGUGCCAAGGAAAACUAUGAUAGGAUAUUUAUUUAGAAAUAAAAUUUUAAAAAAAUAACAACCCAAACAAAAAAAUGCUUGGAUAAACACAAUUUUUCUCUCGAAGUUUCUGCUUCAUUAGAUAAAGUUAAAUGCUGAACUGAGUUUGAAUAAAUAAUUGGUAGGAAGGACAUAGAAGCUGAAAGAUUGCACGUAAUUGUUCUGUUUGCUUUAAGACAGUUCGUGUAACUGGAGGAGUAUAUUCCUCCUUGGCUUGUGCACUGAAGAUUUUAUAAGAAGCUCAAAGCUUUAAGAAUUCUAUGGAGACAGGCUUUAAAAGCCUUGUCCAUACUUUUCCAAAUUAACAUUAAAAACUAUAGUGCAGCUUCUCACCUCAAAUAAAUCAUGCAUGCCUACCAUUGUCUAGAACAUUACUGCUGUAAUUUUUUUUUUCAGAUUCAAAAUCAUCAUCCAAACUAAAGAAAAUUUACAUGUGCUCACUUGCACCCCCGCAGAGACCUUGCAUGCAUAAAAUAUGCCAGCGCUAGGGAUGCAGACACAGCCAGUUUCUUUAGUCUCUUUUAGAACUGAGUUUGUUGAUUGAUGUGAUACAAGGGAUUUUAUUUAGGGUAAAAGUACUGAAACUAAACUGAAGGAAAUUACUGAAAAUCUCAGAAUGGCUUUGCCAGAAUUGCCAGUUGAAAAGAACAGCUGAGAUCCAUUUUUCAUAUCUGUGAGAAGGAACUCAAUGAAAACCUUAUUUUGUGAAGAAUUUGGUAAGCCUUCCUUCAAGCACAAAUAGUUCCAAACGGGAAAGUUCUCUUCCAAUUGUGUGCAUAAAUGUUCUUGCCUCUGAAAUUAAUUUAUUUUCUCUGUCGAAAUCCAGCUAAAGUCUUUCUUUAACAUACACCGACUUCUUGAGGAAUGAUCUUUGGGUUGAGUAAUUACUGCUCAUGAUAACUCCACAGUCAAAGUUAUUUACAUUCAUUUAAAAUAUUCAGAAAGUAUCAUCCAAUGAUUGAUUGCCCUUUUGGAUUUUUCAAACAAAACUUAUGACAGUGAUUGACUCAAAAUCAUUAUGGUUUGUUUAUAAUUCAGGUAUAUUACAAUAUUGUUUUAAAACAGUUUAUCUUACAGAAAAUACGGCAUUAACUAUAUUGAGGAUACAUUAAGUAAUAUAUUUUCAAUUAACACUUUCCUAUUGAGAGAAUAAGAAAUGGAAGUCUAUAAUAUUAUUCUUUAAAUGUGCUGUUUAAAUGUAUUUCUAUAUUUUAAAAUAUAUUAAACUUGUAAUGUUA